AUGUUAAUGUGGUUGAAGCUCUCGGAGACUGGCUCGAGUAGGGGCUUUGCCGUGCCUGUGCAACUUGUUCCUUAUCAAAAUGGACAGGCUUUAAUUAACUUGCCAAUGUCUGUUUGCAUUCCUGGCCAGACAAAUCGGCUUGUGAUUCGUUUCCUGGACGCACGUAGGCCUGGAUGUGCCAAAUCAUUAAUGGCUUGGAAGACCAAUUUCCGCAUGGCGGAAGGGACAAAAGGACGAUGUUUUCCUGCUGACAAAUCUCACCAGAUCUUUGCACCUUGA